GCUGUACUCCCGAGCGAGGGGCGUGGGAGCCACUGGCUGCAGCGUACGUUACCUGAGCGCGCACCUUGCCGCGCACGGACAGGUAGAGCGGCAUAGCGCAAGGUGUGGUGUUACCUGCGUACCUUCGCUCAACUACGCGGAACCUUGUCGUGGGUGUGUGCUUGUGUGUGAUACUCAAGACUGACGGCGCUGGCUCAGGUGCAACUGCUCCAACAGCCACCCGGAGCGAACUACCCGCCUAGCGGAAGCACGUGGAUGACGCACUGCCGGUGCCAAUCUCUCACCUGGCGGCGUGGAGGCUGUACGUUGAUUGAAUACCCAGGGGAGGUGACAGUUGCUGUCAUAUUUUGACCUCUGGAUGACCAAGGUAUAUUUACUCACAGGCAGAGGCCCGACCAUAUUGCAUUCAGUUGCUAGCCAAAAAUCUGGAAGACAGGUGCUGUUCAGCCUUUUGCCUACAUAGAGAGCAGCUGUCACAAGAACUGCUGUAGCAUAGGAUUAAGUUGUUACCAGCUUGAUAUAGUGACUAUCAGUUCUGCUGCUUUAACAGGAGGUGUUAUUCUUUUGCAAGUGAUUUGAGUGUUGUGUCGUGGGCUGAGCUUUUGCAAUGGGAAAGCAGAACAGCAAGCUAAAGCCAGAAGUUCUGGAGGAUCUGCGCAAUAAUACGCAGUUCACAGAAGAAGAAUUACAAGAGUGGUACAAAGGAUUUCUCAAAGACUGUCCCAGUGGUAACCUGUCUGUGGAUGAGUUCAAAAAAAUAUAUGGAAACUUUUUCCCGUAUGGUGAUGCUUCAAAGUUUGCAGAACAUGUGUUCCGUACUUUUGAUACAAAUGGGGAUGGUUCAAUUGACUUCCGUGAAUUUAUCUGUGCCCUUAGUGUGACAUCAAGGGGUAAACUUGACCAGAAGCUACGCUGGGCAUUCAGCAUGUAUGACCUUGAUGGGAAUGGCUACAUAUCACGUCAGGAAAUGCUUGAGAUUGUUACGGCCAUCUACAAGAUGGUUGGCACAGUUAUGAAAAUGCCAGAAGAUGAGAGCACACCAGAGAAGAGAACAGACAAGAUUUUCCGACAGAUGGACAAGAACCUGGACGGCAAACUUUCCCUGGAGGAGUUUAUAGAGGGCGCCAUGAACGACCCAUCCAUUGUUCGCCUCCUGCAAUGUGACCCCCAGUCCAAUCAGAGUUGAGGUUCUUGCUACCCUUCAUUCACUUCCAUCUAACGUCACCUAACCCUCACCCUACAUACAAUCACCUUCCCGUCUCCCACCCGACUGUCGCAAGCAAUGAGCUGUUCUUUAACAAGCAUAGGUGCACACAUCUGCCAAUGGCGAGCCCAUCCAUUUUCCUCGACAUCCAGACAGUAACAAAAUGAUGUUUGCAAGGGAGAUUCACCUGGUCUACUGUGUCUCGUGUGUAUACAAGGAACAGAUGAGAACUGACACUUUUAUUGCCAAACUUUCGGCAUCCAGUUCCCCGACGGUAUCCAAGGAAAAUAAACUGCGUUAGAUUGCUGUCCAGUGGCGGUAGUAGAUUUAUAGUUACUGAUUGAUGGCAAAGCUGUUUGAUGUACAACUAUAUUUUGUAAGCAGCUUGUUCAUUGUGCAUUGUUACACCCAGACCAUAACACCAAGAAAAAUACGAUUUUUAUGAAUAAAAUUGUAGGCACCACAAGAUAGACUUUGAAAAAAAAACUAAAAUGGAAUGGGUUUUUUCAUUUAAUAGAAUUUAAAAGAAAAGUAUAUCUUUUUUGAUUUAGAUGAUACAAUCUGAGCGUUUUUGCAGAGUACAGUAAUUUUGCUGAGCAAAAUACUUUUGUGUGUGUUAUCACACUAGAGAGCAGUUUGCUGCAUGGCAAAUGUCUUAAAUCAUGAAUAUAUAUUUUUGAGCCGGACGGCUUAAUAAGCAAAUAGCCACACGCUCCCAUUCGUUUUUCCCUUUUUCUUUUAGCAGCGCUGUCGUCUGAUUUGAGAACUCAGUUAACGGGGAAAGGGUGAUGUCGGACAGCAUAGUAAUCAUCACCGCCGUAUUUACAGGUGUGCACAGUGCGACUUAACGUUGGUCCCCGUCCAGCAGGAGGUGGGGUGCAGUGGCGGGUGGGGAGGUGUCGCUGGGCCCCUACCCCUUUAUGGUAACAAAGACAGCGUAGAUAAGGAACAUUCCACUCGGGUCAAACGGACUGACAAGUAGCGGCAAGAUGAAGGGCUUGCAGCAGAUGACGUACGGUAGGAGGGGCCGCAUUUGGCGGGGAGGGGAGUUUCUCCCCUUCUUUUGUCUUCGGCUAUCCAGUCCUCUUUUGCUGCUUCUUGUCAGCUGUUUUAUUAUUUAAUUUCCAGUUUUUAAACUGUUUAGAAUGUGUUGUUUCUCUUUCUUCCUUUGCCACUUCCCCCACUCGAUCCUCCGUCCCCGUUUCUCUCUCUCUUUUUCUCUUCGCCCUCACCCUCUUGCCAAGUUGAAAGUUCAUAGAAAUUGUACGUUACGAGGGUGGGUCCCGUGUGUGUGUGUGUAAAUAAGUCAUUCACACCUGUGUUAGCACUUACUGCACUCGUUCAUGCACUAUUCCGUGACUAUCUCACACGUUUCUUUAAACUGUGCGCUUUUUUUGUUUUUGCCUUACCUGUUCGCUCAUGUCUCGCUUUGAGCAACGAAGUGCGUCACCAUGUCAUUUCCUGUUUUCAUGCAGCGCGUGAUAAUGGGAGAGAAUGGCGUGAGAGAGAGAGGGGGGGUGGGCUGACAAAGGGAGGGGUAGGAUAAGCGUAGUCUUGCGGCGAAGGCUUCGACUUGCAGUAGCGAAAUGCGCAUAGCAACAUUUGUUUCUUGCGAGUUUGUUUUGAAACUUUGAGAAGCUGUUUAGCUUGGUCAGUUCCUGGCCCGUCCUCUAUCUCUAUCGGCCUCAAGCAGUCCUGUGAUCUUCCUCGUGCAGUUAUUCUACACGCUCUUGGCACUUCCCUACACUUUUCUAGACUUCCCUAACCCCAAGGUUCAUUCCCAGCAUGCUCCAUUGCCUAGGGCGGGGAUGGGGAGCACGAUUCUCAGCAUGUCAAGGUUUUCACUGAGAGGGACGUUGGAUACUAACCCCAGCACCUUACCAACGUUAGCUGCCUUUUCUUUUCUCUCGCUGGUAUGUGGGAUCUUUCACAUCUUUUUACACUUGUGCUUUCCCUUUUCGGGCUUUUGACAUAAAGAAUGUAAAAUCGUCGUCGCUGCUGUCUGAUGUUAUUGCUGGGCUAAACGUUUGGUCUUCAGAACUGCCAUUUUAGUAUCUUUCUGUCCUCACUGGGCUUCGUGUUCUGAACGAAAAAUGUUUCUCUCAUUUCAUUGCAACAAAUCUUCCUAUUAGAAAGUAGUGUGAUUUUCAAAGCCAGCUUUUAUACUUCUCGUUUUAUGUAGAUAACAAUUUUUAAACUGAUUCAUGACGGGAGUUCGCUUAGGUGAUAAAAACCUGGCUUUGCAGCGCCUCGCAAACUGACUGCCCCACCUGCCGAACACAAAAGUAAAGUUCUAGUCACCGACAAGCGUCCUCAAGUGAAGAUCGUUUAGUGUAAGACCAUUCAUUGACACUCUUCAGUUUCAGAUGUUUGUCUUAUCUCCUUCGUCAAGCUUCACCGGCGUGUAGACGUAUUGUGAGGAAUCGUUUGAGCUCCAGCACCAAGAAACGAGUUUGCUUCUGUCAUGCAAACGGUUCAUUAUAGCAGGGAGGGGGAGAUUUCUUCAUAAACCUUAUAAGAUCGAUUUUGUUACACGUAUUGAUGUCCCAUUUAAAUUUAACAAACGUGUAAUUUCUCAGAGAUCCCUUCCAGUGAAUGAGGUGCCCGGGUCACGGGUUUCAAUAACAAGUGAACGUAACAAUUAAAUCCAGACUCUUGUAUAUUGGUCUUCGCGAGGGCACGUUCGUGAGAUAGAGCCUGUUAGCAGCGAACUCGUUACCAAAGUGUAAGUGUACUUUUGUACUAGUGGUAAUGUAUGCAGAUGAAAACGAAGAGUGUGAGUCAGAAGAGGGAGUCGGACAAAAGAGAUCAUAAAUACGAGGCUGAACUAGAAUGACCUUAACGGUGGAAGCAGUGCAGUCAUUUCUGAAUUCAGCCUAAACACUAGCGAACAUUUUGUUCUUAGCGAUCUUACCAGCAAAUAGAAAAAGCUGGCGAAACUAGUCAGUCGUUCGAUUGUGUGGCCAAAAAAGGAGGGGUGGGCUAAAAGCUGUCAAGAAGCGAAAUUAGAAAAAUUUCAUUGUUCUUCACCAGGUUUGCCCUUGCUGAACUGCUGCUUUGGGUGUGACAACACCCGUAUCUCAUCUCUACUUUCCAUAAACGUGAUGACCAAUUAUUCGCCUCCUUCCGUACACCUUUCUCCUGCUGUGUUUUAUUUCUGUCAGCUGUCUGCUCUCCGUGUUCUGACCACCCGCAUGCGAAUGGAAGCUUACCUGUGCAGGUAUUAUUUCAGCAGCGUUCGUUGCCCGGAGGCAAAUAUCUGCCCAGCGCAUCAAGCCUGAUGAGCUUCUUGGUGCAAGUGCCAGACCGACUUUUGAGAACCCGGGUCUCAACAUUCCUUUUUGUCCUGUUGUCAUGUCCAAUCACAUUCUGUCGUUUAGCUCAGGUGAUCAGGUACUUGCCCAUCCACUUUCCCCAAAUAUCACGGCUCGAUUUGUAACAUGACAAAACGCUUAACUUAGGCAAAAUAUCUAAUACAAAUUACAGGAGUGCUCAGGAAGCUGAGGUAGGAACUAUUUUUGUAACACUGUCUUGGGCGCAAAAACAGAAAAAAAGAAACUGCUGGAAAGUUAACACUAUAGCAACGCAGAAAUAAUUGUACUGCGUGUCUUUCAUUGCGAUAGCUUCGACCUGUAUGGAUGUGAUCUAGCUUGCCCCUUCCUCUUGCUUCUCCCAUUGUUAUUAUAACCAGCAAUACUUCUUAUUAUGCAGCCACCUGGGUUUCUUCCGGAUUAAUUCGUCAAAAGACUAAACACGAGAGCUUUCUCGCAUGAUUGAAAACAGGUUCACCCGCGACUGGGGCACGAAAACAGCCAGUGUUAGUUUUAACUUCCUGUGCAUCUCCAAGUUUCUAGUACUUUCUCCGAUGCUCACGUCUUCUUUCUGGCUAAUCAGAGUCUCUUCAAAGUCACCGUCUCACCUCAAAGAACACCUAUGCCGACUUCAAUGAUCGCCCUGGAGGUGAUGGAUGCCGCAUUGGUUGUGAUCGCCGCCUGUUGCGCGUCAUUUCCGGUGCGGAGUCGGAGGCGAGCGAGCCUGUACAGCAGGAACUGUUUACCAGACGGAUCCCGCCAACCCCAGCCCCGAGUACCUCGCCGACAACGGUGCCCGGGUACACACACACACAUCUUGUAGCAUGGCAACCCAGGGUGGGAGUGGGGCAGGGGAACCGAAACAAGCCAGCACUCGGGACCAUUGGCACGCGCACACUCACAUCUCCCAGUGACUCCAGUUGUGACAGUGGAUAAGAUCUUUAUCGUAUUCUCAUUUUCCUGUUUCUGUCUCACUCCCCCUAAAGCCCACUUUUCCCCUUACCCCCUUCUUUAUCUUCGAUUGUAAGGUCAAGCAGGGGAGAUGGUAUCGGAGAUCAACUUUGCGUGACUCGUGUUGUCGAUGUCUAGGCAUAUCUUUCGUUGAGAUGUUUGCUGCCAGAUUAAAACUGUGUAAAAACAACAUUUAAGACAAAAACCGAUUAAUAGGUUUGUUUCCAUUAUUGAUUAACAACCAGCGAGGUUGAAAUGGAGCAGGCGCAGUGCUAUCAUGCCCUGUUGCUUGGCGUUUGUACUUUCUUUUUUAACUCACUGCAUUGUUUUGUUUGUUUGACUUCUACAAUGUUUUCUUCUAUGCUUUGUUAAUGAGUGAAUGAUUUUUCAUCAAGUCCAACGUGGUUUACUAAAAUAUAUGUAUCAAGAUGCAUAAAAUGGAUUAUAUGUAUAGAGAGUUCCCUUUUAAUAACUGAAUGUAAAACAUGCAAAAGAAUUUUGGUAUAUCGUUAUUGAUUAUGCAUGUUUCCCUUGAUAUAUGUCAUUUGUAUUAUAUCAUUGUUAAGGAUCUGAAAAUGUAUCAACAUUUGCUGUGUCAUCGCAUUUUCUUUCCUUAAAAAAAACAACAAAACUUUAUGCUGGAUGGCUUCACAAGCGUCAUCUAGAAAACAAGAAAUUUCUACGCCAACUUGUCACGAUGUUCGGUUUUUAUUUUUGUGAUUUGUUAGGACAAUGGGUUGUUAAGGGUGGGUGUUUUACCAUCAGCAUCAUUAUUUUCAUUUCCUGCAGAUCUUUUGAACAUUGGAAGACUGACUUUAGAAGUUGUUCGUACCCUUUUAUGAUGUUGUCCAGUUCUCUUUCAUCAUCUGCCUCCUGCAUGUAAUGCAGAUCACUUAGGAGUGCGACCUCUUCUGACAAUAAAGUCUUCUGCAAAUCUGA